UUGAUUUCCAAGGGAUUUAAGUUGUUCUACAGAAGAAGUGUCUCAUGAGAUUACCUGUGUAAUUACAGCCAGACUCCACCCACACGCUUGCACAAAAACGCCUCCUGCCUACCUCAGCUUGCCCAAACCAGGUCUGCAUUGAGAGUCACUGUGAAAUCACUGCUUUGCAGUGAUUGGUCCAGAGUGUUGUGGUGGAGGUGUGACUCUGCCCUCCAAUGAAACAUGAGAGGGAGAGACAAAGACAGCAGCAGUAGUUUGGACCCCAUUCCUCUCCCCUUGCACAGUGCCCGAAACAUCAACCCUUCCCACCCCACCCAAGGAUGCCAGUCCCCUUGCGCGCACUGCCAACCUCUCUGGACCUGAGACACCACUGGGCACCAUGAGCACGUACAGAGACACAGGGGUGUGUGCCAACCCCGUUUCCCAAUCCCUCCCCCCUCCCCUCCUCCGAAUGCACAAUGGCCACACGGACCCAGCCGCUGCAGGCCAGUCCCGUGUCUCUGUGCCCAAAAUGGGCGUGCGAGCUCGCAUCGCCGAGUGGCCUCCCCGAAGGGCACAGUCGAGGGAGUCCUUGUUAGAAAACGGCCAGGCCGGUCACCUUGACGACCAGAUCGGGCAGGAGGGGUUGAGCCGUGGGGGCAUGGCCCGGUUGCCACGGAGACGUGUUAAAGACGGCGAAUGGGGUUUGCGGGGCGUUCCAGGCUCGCCCGCGCGGUUACGGGCGGUGACGGUGGCGUUCACUCCCCUCCGACAGCGUUCCAACAGCGAGAUCACUCUGAGCGAGCAGGACGAAGCGGAAGUGGAGAGUCGCGUGGGACUUUUCCGCGAGUACGGUAGCACCUCAUCCAUUGACGUGCAAUCCAUACCGGAGCAGAGCUUCUUCGACAUGCUCAGCCAAUUCCAGAGCGAACGGCCCGACCAGCGGAGUGCCGCUCCCGCAAGACUAGAGGAGCUGCUCUGUGCUGAAGCCUCCACUGACACAACUUCCAACACCAACUCUCUCACCCCCUCAGCACGCACGGGAGACGACCGCUCGGAUACCCGGGUACGCAAGAAGAGUGGCGGUACCGAAUCCUCCCUGGGCACGUCUUCGCUGUUCCGUAAACUGCGCAGCUCCAGCCGGGGUGAGAUGGAGGGUCCGCGGAGCAGCGACGCUGAGGACUCCAAGCCCUCUGAGCCCACCAAACCCUGGGUGUGUGUGCGGAGUUUCACUCACUACGAUGCCCAGAGCCUUCUGUUUGACCUUAACGAAGCAGCAGCGAAUCGAGGGCACGCGUCCCAGAGAAGGAACACUGCCACCGGGGCUUCUGCCGCCUCAUCAGCCGCUGUAUCUCUGGCCGUGUCCAGAGCCCUGGCGCUGGGCGGGGUGGAACCUAGUUUCUCCAGCACUGAGGACCUCAGCUGCAGGGACCUGAGUGCUGGACCUCUGGGGUCAGAGCCCGUGGACCCUGGUGUUCUGCAACCAAGCGGUUCCAACCAGCUUCUGCUCAGCUGCCCGCACUUCCUGAAUGAGACGGGCGGUUACAGCGAACGCAAUGUCAGUUUCCUGAGCUCGUGGGCGGAGCGGGGGGAGAUGGGGUCAUUGGAUCCCAGCCCACGGCUCCGCUGUAGUAACGCCAGCGUAUCUGUGCUAGAGCUAUCCCCCGAACAACCGCUUACCAGGAUGGAAAGACUCAAGCUACACAGCAUCGAACAUGUGGACCAUGGGGCUCGCUACUACCAGGAAUACUUCCACGGGAAAGAGCACUGGAACUACUUUGGGACCGAUGAGAAGUUGGGUCCUGUGGCUUUGAGCAUACGCAGGGAGAAACUGGAUGACACCAAAGACCUCAAGGACCAGUACCAGUACCGCAUCAUCUUCCGCACCACUGAGUUGGUGACGUUGCGGGGGGCGAUUCUGGAGGAUGCGGUGCCCUCCACGGCGAGGCACGGGACUGCACGGGGUCUCCCUCUGAAGGAGAUACUAGAGUACGUGCUCCCGGAGCUGAGUGUGUCCUGCCUGCGGCUCGCCCUCAGCCUACCCAAAGUCACAGAGCAGCUCAUCAAACUGGACGAACAGGGAUUGAGUCAGAAACAUAAGGUUGGCAUCCUGCUGUGUCGUGCGGGCCAGAGCACAGAGGAAGAGAUGUAUAAUAAUGAAGAGGCCACGCCCGCUUUUACCAACUUCCUGGAGCUACUGGGAGAAACUGUUUGUCUAAAGGGCUUCAGCAAGUAUGCGGCGCAGCUCGACACCAAGACGGACUCUACGGGCACACACUCUCUUUACACCACAUACCAGGACUACGAGAUCAUGUUCCACGUUUCUACAAUGCUCCCCUACAUGCCCAACAAUCCCCAACAGUUGCUGAGGAAGAGGCAUAUAGGAAAUGAUAUCGUCACCAUCAUAUUCCAGGAGCCCGGAGCACUGCCGUUUACCCCUCAGAAUAUUCGUUCCCACUUCCAGCAUGUCUUUGUCAUCGUCCGCGUACACAACCCCUGCUCUGACAACACCUGCUACAGUGUGGCGGUGACACGUAUGAAGGAUGUCCCACUUUUCAGCCCACCAAUCCCACCCAGUGGCGUCACCUUCCGGGACCCCGAGACUUUCCGUAGCUUCCUACUUGCUAAGGUCAUAAAUGCGGAAAACGCAGCGCACAAGUCAGAGAAAUUCCACACCAUGGCCACACGGACGAGACAGGGCUAUCUCCGAGACCUGGCUGAAAACUGCGUCUCCAGCACGCCCCUGGACACAGCGGGCAAACUUAACAACCUCAUCUCUUUGGCCUCCAAGCGGCGCGAGAGGGCGAAGGCCCGGGAGGGGGCGGAGCUAAACGCCAUGGGGGCGGUGGCUUGGCGCGUACUGGCACAGGACUUCAGCGAAGGUGGAGCGGUGGAGCUGCCCUGCGUUUUGGCCAUCUCGUCAGAGUACGUCGUACUGGCUGACUGCACCACCAAGGAGGUGGUGUUUAACUGCUUCUGCGCAGAUGUGAUUGGUUGGACCUCUGACAGACUGACGCUUAAGAUAUUUUAUGGCAGAGGAGACCACAUCGCCAUAAGGGUUCCUGACGGUUGUGCUCAGGACAUCCGAGAGAUGGUGCAGAGACUCAAGGCCUUAACGAUAGGAUGUGACACGUCUGAUAUGACGCUGAGACGUAACGGCUUGGGUCAGCUGGGCUUUCACGUGCGAUUGGACGGCACCGUGUCAGAGGUGGAGGAAUAUGGCUUUGCUUGGCAGGCCGGACUGCGACAAGGCAGCCGAUUAGUGGAGAUUUGCAAGGUCGCCGCAGUAACGCUCUCCCACGAGCAAAUGAUUGACCUACUGCGCACGUCCGUCACUGUUAAAGUGGUCAUCAUUCCCCCCUUUGAAGAGGGCGGGGCCAGAAGGGGCUGGACGGAGGAGUACGAAAUGAAGACAGUGGAGCAGAAGGGGGAAGCGGAGCCACUUGCAGUGGGAUAUCGCUCUGCCCAGCGUCCAUCAGCCUGGCGAUGGGACAGUCCUCCUGGCACGCUUCCAGCCGCCCUUACCCAACGCUGGAACCCUGUCGGUCUCCAGCCGUCCUCUGCACGCGCCCAGAAAGCCCUGGUGCCCAUCCCAUACCGAGAGCCUCAGCACGUCUCCAUGAAGAGGCCUGUGAGUUACCCUGAGAAUCACUACACUGCGUCUCCAGUAGGGGGCGACAGAAGCCUGCCCUAUAGGAACCCCUCAGCCAGUUUCUCCACCCCUGGAUCAGGCCUCAGCUCUGCCAGCUUGGCAGCCUCAACACUGAGUGGACCCUUCAUCCGAUACAAACCCUCAUCAGACAGGUUUGGCUCAGCCCAGCGCUCUGUGCAGUCCUAUGAACCUCAUCUGACUCUGGAUGCCUCCAGUGGAGAGUCUUCAUCUGGAUUCAUUAGUCAAGACAGCACCAUGGAGCGCAGGAGCAUGGACAGGACAGAGCCCAUGUGGCAUGUUCCCUCUUCAUCUCGGUCUGUUGGCAGUGCCCAAAGACGACCGGGCCGACAGGACGUCCCAGGGAAAGACUCACCAAACCGACACUUAAAGGGCGAGACGCACUACUCCAGUCACUCCAGCAGCAAUACUCUGUCCAGUAACGCCUCCAGUAGUCACAGCGAUGAACACUGGUUUGAUAGCGUUGGGGGAGGGGUUUCGGGAGCUCACAGUGACCCCUCUGACCCAGACCCAGACCUCCUGGGGAAGGGAGGCUCCAGUGACAGUGGGAUUGAUGCCUCUGCCCUCUGCACCCCUAGUCCCAACACCACGGGGGGCAAACAUGGACGCAGCUACCCCGGGACACCUCAUAAGCCCAUGCAUGGCUCCGCGACCUACAGCGGCCUGCAGGAACUCUCGGGGACAGGAGGAAGAGGAGGAGAGGGGCGAAGGAGAGAGUCCUCACCUGUCAUACCUGCCUCAGCCAAUCAGAGCAAGGGUUACGGCACACGCACCUUCCCUCCUCCAGGAUCAGCGAGUGCCGAGAGCUUCAAACCCAGAGCCUGUUACACUCCUCAAGGCUAUAAGAGCCCAGCAGUGACCGAUAAGCAACAACCUUUCAGAGCAUCAACGACCACACCCACUUCAGGCUUCGCCCAGCUGUCCAGCUCUGCUCCUAAAUCCUUCUACCAUAAAACCAAACAGAGUGCAUGGCAACAAGAGGAGCACAGCACGGCAACAGUCACCUCAACCUCCAGCACUGACAGCAACAGCAGCAACAAGCAGGUGGAUAUGAACAGUAAGAAUGUGUUUGGGCAGCCAAGGCUGCGUGCCUCUCUCAGAGACCUGCGUUCACCUCGUCGCACACACAAGAGUACCAUCGAGGACGACCUUAAAAAACUCAUCAUUAUGGACAACCCUACAGAGACACCACAAUCAAGAGACACGUCUCCUCGACGCACUCUGCAGCGGACUUUCUCUGAUGAGAGUUUGUGUAGCGGGCGAAGAGAUGCCAGCUAUGACAGCAUGCCACAGUUUGAUGGACAGGCCACACCUGGAGACCUGCUCUUCACCUGCACUCUGCCCACCCGUCGCCAUGGCCACAGCUCCACCCACGGAUCAUUGACGCCCAAUAAGAAGGUGCCUCUCUCAGCGUCAGAGCUGUCUCUAACAGAGAUGAGAGAUAAGGUCCCUCCACUGCGGAGACUGGACCCUGGUCUCAUGCCUUUACCAGACACUGCCUGCGGCCUGGAGUGGUCCAGCUUAGUCAAUGCUGCCAAAGCUUACGAGGUGCAAAGAGCAGUCUCUCUGUUCUCUCUGACUGAUCCUCAUGGGGGAGGGGCUGAUCUGAAACCGCUCAUUAGCCCAAUCCACUUCCAAACUCCUCAGACCCCACGCACCACCCCCACCUGUAGUAGUGAUGAAGUUUCUAAUGACCUGUCUGGGCGUCUCUACCAUCUGGAGGUGAUGCUAAAGCAGCUAAACAAUGACCUGGAGAAGGAGAAGCAUGAUAAAAUGAUACUGUUAGCAGAGAUGGCUAAUCUUAGAGAGAAUAACCAGCGUUUGCAGGAGGCGUCUCUGUCAGCCAGUGAACAGCUUCGCAAGUUUAGCCAGCUCUUUACCCCUGACCGAAAAUGAACCCACGACUCUCUCUCUCCCUGUGAAUGGACAGAGCAACCGGAAGCAAGAGGGGGGUUCCUGUUUCUGUUUAAGUGUUACACUUCCAUGUC